AUGAUCAGUGAAAUGGUAAGAGACAGCAAUGGCGUACUAAUUAAAAGUAUUAAGGAUCGCCUUAUAAGAUGGAAAGAAUUCUUUGAAGCCAAACUUAACCAUGAAGCGCCAUCUGUUGCCCCUGAUAUAGCUGAUACAUUUCCCGAAGCAUACGUUUGCAAUUGCGAGCCUCCAACAGAAGAAGAAAUAAUUUCAGUUAUCCAUAAGCUUAAGGUCAACAAAACUCCAGGAGAAGAUGGUCUUCAGACUGAGCUUUUCAAAUGCUGUCCAUCGUCCUUCAUAACGCACCUUCAACAAAUGUACUCUUUGGUAUAG